AUGUCUACUUCCAAGCCUCUUCCCUACUUUACAUCCUUGAACAGCCCUCUCACCACCCGUGCCCAAGUCGUGGAUGUGUGCAAGUCACUAUUGAACCCCCUGCUACCUUUUUUCUCGCCGGGCAAGACCAGAUUGCGCCUCGGUGCCACAGCAACCCGAUAUGAUGAAGCCGGUGCACAGCUCGAAGGCUUCACCAGGCCCAUGUGGGGUUUUGGAGCCUUGCUCGCUGGUGGUGAGUCGUUCGAAGGCGCCGACUUCUGGCUAGAGGGGAUACGCAAUGGGACGGACCCUGAUCACCCUGAGUUCUGGGGUUGGUCCAAGGACUUGGAUCAGCGGAUGGUGGAAAUGUGUCCCUUGGGCUUUGCGCUGUGUGUUGCGCCCAAGCAGUUGUGGGAUCCGUUGACGGAAAGGGAGCGCGAGAACGUUCGCGUGUGGCUCGACAUCAACAAGAAGGAAAUGCCGAACACGAAUUGGCUGUGGUUUCGUGUCUUUGCAAACCUGGCGUUGAUGAAGAACGGGGCUGCCUAUGACGCUGAGCGACUCGAGGCCGAUCUCGACCAUCUGGAUACUUUCCAUCGUUCUGGGGGCUGGAGUAACGACGGGCCCCGCGAUGCACUUCAGAUGGAUUACUACUCGGGCUCAUUUGCCAUCCAGUAUCUGCAGCUUUUGUAUGCGAAAAUCAACGGCGACAAAGACCCCAAGCGGGCACAAGAGUACAAGAGUCGAGCGAGAAUGUACGCGAAAGAUUUCUUGCAUUACUUCGACGAGCAAGGUCGAGCCAUAACGUUCGGACGCUCACUCACGUAUCGAUUUGCCAUGGCCGGCUUUUGGGCCGCCGUCGCGUUUGCAGAUCUGGAACUCGAGGCACCGCUGGGUUGGGGAGUGGUGAAAGGCGUCCUUCUGCGCAACCUCCGUUACUGGUCUCGGCAAAAGGACAUUCUGAACGGAUCAGGCAUCUUGACCAUCGGCUACGGCUACCCUAAUCAAUUCAUAUCCGAGAACUACAACUCCCCGGGCUCUACGUAUUGGUUCAUGCUGUCCUUCGCAGCCUUGGCCCUACCGGAAUCACAUCCCUUCUGGCAGAGCGAGGAGCAAGCUUAUCCUUCUGAUUCGAUACCGCCAAUCUUGCCGCUCGAGCAUCCCAUGCAUAUCAUGGUGAAGAGAGGUGGGCAUACGUUUCUUCUAUCUUCAGGGCAGAUGUGCCACUACCCGAUGAGAGCUUCGGAAAGCAAGUACGGCAAAUUCGCAUAUAGCUCGGCCUUUGGGUACUCCGUUCCGACAGGUGGGUAUUUUGUUGAAGCCAUCGGUGGCGACAACGUGCUCGCACUGUCAGAUGAUGCAGGGGAGACCUGGAAGGUGCGAAGGAAGCCAUUAAAUGCACGGCUCGAGACAAUCGAGGGUACACCAGUGCUGAUAUCGGAGUGGAAGCCAUGGUUCGAUGUUGUGGUCGAGACCUAUCUGAUUCCCCCUUCGGAAGCCACCCCGAAUUGGCAUCUACGCCUCCAUCGCAUCACCAGCGGCGGCAGAAACUUGAAGACAAGCGAAGGCGCAUUUGCUCUCAAUGGCGUUGCUACCAAGGACGAACGAGAGCUUCAGACGAUGAAUGAAGAGAAGAGCGAAGGGCGGCAGGAGAGCAAUGGUGAAGCCGUUGCCGUGACCCGAGGUGGUGCUGUCGGUAUCGUCGAGCUAGCGCAGCCCACGCGCGCCGGCCGAGUCCUGGACGAAGACGCCAACAGCAACCUUAUAGAAAGCAGAUCCGUGCUGCCCAGCUUGGCCAUGGACGUGCCCGCGGAUGCAGACAUCUGGCUCACGACGGCCGUGUUCGCCAUCCCCCCCAGUGUUACGGACUAUCAGACGAGAUGGCAAGAUGGCUGGCAGCGGAGGCCAGAUAUCCCAGACUGGAUGAAGAGCAGAAUGGCUUGA